UACAAAUUAGAAAAUGUCUCUAAUUGCUUCAUCAAAACUUUUACGCAGUUUAAGUGUACCCUACAUCAGAGCAACCACUUCAGGGUAUCACAAAAAUGUUAUUGAACAUUACGAAAACCCAAGAAAUGUUGGAUCUUUGGACAAAAACGACAAAACCGUUGGAACUGGACUCGUUGGAGCCCCAGCAUGUGGAGAUGUCAUGAAAUUGAAAAUAAAAGUAGACGAAAGUGGUAAAAUCGUAGAUUGCAAAAUUCAAAACAUUUGGCUGUGGUUCUGCAAUCGCUAGCAGUUCGUAUACUACAGAAUGGGUGAAAGGCAAGUAAGUAGAUCAGGCCCUUAAAUUAAAGAACACUGAAAUCGCCAAAGAAUUGUCUUUGCCUCCGGUUAAGUUGCAUUGCUGAAGAU